GUCAUUGGAGGCUUCUGCUCGCAGGAAUUAGCUCUUUGGCGUAGGUCUUGUUUCGUGAGCUGCUCUUGCAAGCUUUAGUAAGCAUGGCUUCCAAUACAAAUGUUUUGAUGCGUCUGGUGGCUUCUGCAUAUUGUAUCGCUAAUAAAGCAGGAACAAUUGUCAGGAAAGUGAUGGCUGGUGGAGACUUGGGCAUAGUGGAGAAGUGUGGAGCUAAUGACCUUCAGACUAAAGCUGACCGACUGGUACAGAUGAGUAUUUGUUCCUCCCUGGCACGGAAGUUCCCAAAGUUGACAAUUAUUGGGGAAGAGGAUCUUCCUUCUGAAGAGGUAAAUGAAGAACUGCUUGAGGAUGGCCAGUGUGAGGAGAUACUGAAGAAAGCAUCCCCUCCCCAAUAUAAUGCCAUCAAGGAGGAAGAGCUUGUUGUAUGGGUUGACCCACUGGAUGGAACCAAAGAAUAUACUGAAGGUCUUCUUGAUCAUGUAACUGUUCUUAUUGGAAUUGCUUAUGAAGGAAAAGCAAUAGCAGGAGUUAUUAACCAACCUUACUACAACUAUGAGGCAGGUGCAGAUGCAGCCCUGGGCCGGACAAUCUGGGGUGUCCUUGGUUUGGGUGCCUUUGGAUUUCAGCUGAAAGAGGUGCCAGCUGGGAAACAUAUCAUCACCACCACACGGUCACACAGCAGCAAAUUGGUCAAUGACUGCAUUAGUGCUAUGGACCCUGAUGCAGUGGUGAGAGUUGGAGGGGCAGGAAAUAAGAUCAUUCAACUUGUAGAAGGCAAGGCUUCUGCUUAUGUAUUUGCCAGCCCUGGGUGCAAAAAGUGGGAUACUUGUGCUCCAGAAGCUAUUUUGCAUGCAGUUGGAGGCAAGCUUACUGAUAUUCAUGGGAAUUACUUUCAUUAUGAUAAAGAUGUCAAGCACAUGAAUUCAGGAGGUGUUCUUGCUGCCUUGAGAAAUUAUGAUUAUUAUGCAACUAGAGUUCCUGAGGCAGUAAAACAAGCUCUUGUGCCUUAAAAGAUGAAUGGUACAUUCCACUUGGUUGAGAAGGAACAUCUCUAUUAUUCUUCACUGAAAUUGGUUACAGUUUAUGGAACUGGGUUAACGUUUUAUUCUGCCAUAAUGCUUAGUGAUCUGUGUUUUUUGUUUGUUAAUUGAUGUACUGGUGAGAAUUUGCCCUGAGUGUAGGUUGGAAUAAUGUAUUGCUUUUUAUUAGCAUCCUUUAAAAUAUGUAUGUUUAAUGUGACAAUUCCAUAUACAUUUUUGUUGAGCCGUUGGAUCUGAUACAAAUCCUAUUACCUUGUUAACUGAAGGAAAGACACAAAAACUGUAAUCGGACCUCUCUUGCCUUUUGAUGGUACCAGCCACCUAUGUCUGUAAAUGUAUAUAGUUCAGCUUUUACACACAGAACAUCAUUUAUUUAGAGUGGAUUCUAAAUGUCAUAGAGAAUAAAGUAAUGAUUCAUGUAUCAAAUUUCUGUAAUUAUAAAAGCUUACAAGGAAGAGAGAGGCUGAAGGCUUAGAGUCAGUUCCUAUUCACCGUGUUGCUUGACUUGAGCUCGUUUCACUCUUUCUACAGCUUCCAUAAUACAGUACUUUACAAGAUUAGAAUCUAGCUCUCAUAUGACUUUUCUUACAUGGAAUAAUACUGAAAGUAUACUGAUCUUUUUGUAAAACAGUCAUUUAAAAGGAACACAGAUGGAGUUGCAUAAAACUAAGAUGAUUAAUC